CAUAUAAGUACAACUUUGCUUCAUUUUUUUGAUGUAUUAACAAUCAAGGACACAUAGAUUGAUCAUAAAGUGCCGUGAUGGACACGUUCUACAUAUCACACGGAGCUCCGACGUUGGCCAUUGAUGACUCUCUCCCUGCAAGACAUUUUUUGAAGACUUGGCAAGAACAAGGAUUCACAGAGAAACCCAAAUCAGUUCUCAUCAUUUCCGGCCACUGGGAGACCGAUGUUCCCACUGUCAAUGUUGUUCAACAAAACGAUAUCAUCUACGACUUCUAUGGCUUUCCAAGCAAAAUGUAUAAGCUCAAGUAUCCGGCGCCAGGAGCACCAGAACUGGCAAAGAGAGUGAAGGAACUGCUGACAGCUUCAGGGUUUAAAGAUGUAAAAGAAGAUACAAAACGUGGCCUUGACCAUGGAGCUUGGAUUCCAAUGAUGCUAAUGUAUCCAGAGGCUGAUAUACCAGUGUGCCAACUCUCAGUUCAAACAAAUAAAGAUGGAACUCAUCAUUACAAUAUGGGGAAGGCACUAGCUCCUCUCAGAGAGGAAGGAGUCCUCAUUAUGGGUUCUGGAAGUGCUGUUCAUAACCUAAGGGCAAUAAGAUCCAUUAGCAAUAUUGUUCCUUCAUGGGCUCAGGACUUUGAUAACUGGCUCAGAGAUGCUCUCCUUCAAGGAAGAUAUGAGGAUGUGAACCACUAUGAAGAGAAAGCACCAAAUCCAAAAAUGGCUCAUCCUUGGCCAGACCAUUUUUUUCCAUUGCAUGUGGCAAUAGGUGCCGCCGGCGAAAACUCAAAGGCACAACUCAUUCACAGUAGUUGGCAAGGUGGUACUCUUUCUUAUGCCUCCUACAAGUUUACAAAAGCCACUUGAAUUCCCAUUAUGAAACUGUGUUGUAGCCUCUUUGAUACAAAUAUAUUUCUUCUUCUUUUCUGAAUUUGUAAUGUUCUGUGUUAUUGUAAAGGCAAAGAUUCAUAUAAUAAUUCAAGAUCCGGUAUCUUUGUAUCCUCUGAAAAUAUUGCUUCUUUCUAGAUUACAAGAACAUUUGGGACUUCAUAUGCCUCCUAAAUUUCUACGAUUGGUCUCUUUGUCUUUUGCUUUGUAUCUUUUAUAAAAUAAAGACUUGCACAAGGUGUAUUAGACUUGAA